AGCUGGGCGGCGUUCAUGAGAGAGAAUGGGAAAAGUUAUCCUUUAGUAUUAAAUUCCUGGGACAUAUAUUAACAUUACUGAAUAAAAUAUCCCUUUGAUUUUUUUUAGCAUAAGUAUCAUAAUAGGCAAUUGUCUUAAAUUCUAUCAUUGUAAGUGUUUUGUACUCCAAUUGAAUUUAUAAGAGGAGAAAGAGGAUAGCUAGUUGUUCCAUUAAAUGAACGUGCUGUCAAAGUGUCAAGGUUUUCAUAAACAAAAACUGUUGCUCCAAUUGAAUUGAUUCACGGCGCAUGUUCUUAUUUUUUAUGUUAUUUCGGUGUGUUUAUUUGUUCUUCUCAACUAUUUAUUAAAGCAAUGGCUUAAAUAAAGAUCUGGGUAUUGUCUGCUACACAGCUUUAGAUCGUCUUGAUGAAGUGGUCAGGAUGGAAGAUCUGCUUCAACAAAUACAAGCCCUUGACCUCAGUGACCAACAAACGCUACUUUCUAGUCUUGUAACAAGUUCUUCCCCAGAUGCACAACUGUCAUUAUUACUUCCCAGCAUUACUGCUGCCUCAAGUUAUGUCAAGUGGCGGCUUGUUACACUUUUUGCUGGUCAAGAUACUCCAGAUCUUUUUACAUUGUUACCACCAGAAUUGCAGGUUUCAAUUCUUGUCUACAUUGAUGGCAUUAGUCUUUUGGAAGCAUCACAGGUUUCCAAGGAAUGGAACAGAGUUAUUAAAAGCCAGAGUCAGAUAUGGUUCAAGAAAUGUAAAGAGCUUGGAGUUAAUGUUGAAAAGAUAAAUAGUGAUUGUGAUUGGCAUCAGAUAUAUGUUUCAUCUCUACGACAGCAGCUCUGUAUGAAGAAUGGCACUGCAUUUACUGAGCGGUUCAUGCAGCUACAAAAUUGCAAAAAGGCUGUCAAAGCAGUUGAUUAUCAGCAUGGCUUUCUGUGCACAGUUUCUGAAGAAGACUACGUAAACAUCUGGCAGCUUGAACUUAACAUUCCAGUUUUGGCCUUCCCAGUGCAACGAGCAGUAUCUUGCAUCAAAUUUAAGCCUAAGAGUUUCCUUGUAUGUGGACACUUUGUAGGAAUCUUGACAUCAUGGGAUUUAAGUGUUAUGACGGACCAUUCGUGUAUUGUUUAUGAUUCUCUUAAUGACACACCUGGAGAAAACACACUUCUUAAGUGCAAGUUUAAGAUGCAUGCAGGCCCAGUUUUUAGUUGUGACUUUUCAAAGGAGUUAGAUUUAGUAGUGAGUGGUGGUGCAGAUGAGUGUAUAAAACUGUGGUGUUUGUCUUCAGGAUUAAUUGUAAAGUCCUUACCUAAUCAAGACCACUGGGUACUUCGAGUAAUUCUCUUACCCGACUUGACGUAUGAGUUAGAACAUGUGAUAAUAUGUAUGACAAGAGAUAAUGUUAAUAAAAUAUGCUGGCCUUCUAAUUGUGCUAAUGAACUUAACAAUGAUAAAAGUGCAACUGAUGACAAGGAAAAUAUAGUGAGAGCAAACCAGAUGGGUGACUUGAAUAAAAUUAUAUUUCAAUCUCGCAUUCAACGAAAUGAGGGAAACAAUAAUUUCUUUACUCCUGGAUUACAACAAAGUACAAAAUUUGUUGGCUUGAUUAAGCAAGACAUUGAUGAAAAACAUGCAAAUCUAUGCAUAUAUGACAUACAGACAUUUCAGAUUAUACAUAAUAUUACUCUGAAAUUUAAAGUGAAAAAGUUAUUAGCACUUGGAAAUAGAUUUGCUCUUCUUCUUACCAUUGGAAAUGUUCUUUACUCUUCAACCUUGGUUGCAGUUGAUAUAGUGACAGGUGAAACUGUGGGGACACAUCCUGUUCCCCAUUCCAAGAUGACCACACCAGAUGGGGCACAGCUAGUUGUAGGAGAUACAGACUGGCUGGAUGGCUUACGAGGCUAUGUACCUGAUGACACGCCAUGCAUGAGCAGUAGCAACAGUGGGAAUGAACUUGCUAAUAAAAACCAGAACCUUGCAUGCAGUGCACCAUUGAAAGAGAAGCUAGAGAACUGCAAUGACAGUGGUGUGGUUACGAGCCCUAUAAAUAAUGACAAUAGGUUUGAUAAUGCUGAGGGAGUUGAUCACAACAUCCCGUGCUGCUCGUCGAGUGUCAGAGGUUUUCAGGAUCUGGACACCAGAAUAAAAGAAAUUCAUUUGGAUAACAAUAAUUUUAAUACUGUAACUUACUCAUCAGAUUUCCCACCAGCAAGUAGGAGUAAAAGCAAUUUUUCCCAUGGAAAGAUGAGACUUGAGAGACCAAGUCACUUGGUUUUAGCAGCUGGUGUGCAGUGUGAGCCAGGACGACUUUUCACCCUUUGGUGGUCAAAUUAUAAAAUCAUGAGUAAGUAUAAGGAAGAAUAAAAGUUUUUUCAACAAAAACUUUAUUGAUGUGUCCACUUGAAAAGUGUUUUUAUUUGUAUUUAUAUAUAACUUAAUUGCACUGUAUUUAUUAAAUUUUUAUCUUCA